AUGAAUACGAAGCAAAAGACACAGAGUAUUAUUAAUUAUAUCGAAAAAGAAAAGAUUGACGAAGGGGAGCUUAAUAAGAAGGAGCUUGAAGAAGGGGAGCUUGAUAAGGAGGAGCUUGAGGAGGGGGAGCUUGAGGAGGGAGAGAUUGAGGAAGGGGAGAUUAAAGAGGGGGAGAUUGAGGAAGGGGAGAUUAAGGAGAAGGAAAAGGAGGCUAUUAUACUAUUAUUAAAAAUUCUUUUACUAGACGACCUUUACUACGCAACCUCAUCACGCGCCUUUAUAGCAUUAUUAUCCAGCUUGCUACGCUAA